AUGGAAGCAAAAAUUCCAAAGCCGUUUAGGGGUAUGAUUGCAUGGAUUCUUCUGAUCUGCUUUGAGAUAAUAAAUGUGAAUGCUCUGUUGCCGCUCGACACAACAGUAGGUCGGAAUUGCAAUGUAUUCAACCGGGUCAACAACGCUGCUGUGCCUCCAUAUUAUUCUCUUCCCGUCCCAAUGUGCCUCUGCUCGACCCCUCUUGACGAUGAUGAUAUUUCUCAACAUGAAACUAUGGCAUCUUAUGAAGAAGGUCAGCAAGACGAGCCAACAACAACAAACAAGUCAACGGAGAAGAAAACUGGAUACCGUCGCAUCGAAGAUUGGCACGAGGAAACGAUUUCCAAGAACCCCAAGCAUGUCUUGACGCGUCUACAGCAAGAAAAAGCUAUGUGGGACAAGAAGUUUGAAGACCUAGGAGGGGAUGGGAUAUGA